GACUAACCAUCUCACUGGGGGGUCUGCUUCCACAAAACCUGUAGCAAACAUGAGGCCGAGUUCGUUCUUGACCGCUUCGGUGGAAUCCGCGAUGCGAGAUACUCUCGCGGACCUUCAGAUCCGCUCGCAGGUUCAGGACGUCUUGACAGAACUCGUUGCCGACGUUGAACUCACGGCACACUUGCAGGAACGCGUCGAGCAUCAUUUGACGAUCAAGUCGUUACAAGUUCGCAUGGCACAACACGAGCAAGCGCUAGCUGAAGCUUCAUACGUUGAGAACCAAACACGAGAGGAAUCGAUGACGAUGGCGGAUCAGCUUGUACGGGAACUCUGGUCGGUUAGUCGCGAACUCGGCGCGUUGCAAGACUUACGCGCACAACACAAAGAACUCCUGUCGCAACAUGAUGAAGUCUUGGCCAACUUGAUGCAGACUGAAGAAGAUCUAGCGGAAAUCCGCGCCCGAGGAGUUCGAGUUGUUGCGGAAAGGAAUGAGGGCAGCGGAAUGGCGGAAACGGACGGCUCCGAAUUGCAGCAGCAACCCGCUGCGUCACCUACCACCCUCCCGAAAAUAUCAGUGUUGGAGCCGCAGCCUCUCCAGCUAAUACAAAGUGAAGAGACGGCGUCUGCCGCGGCACCAGUAAUAUCAAAUACACCCGACGACGCUUCGGCCCCUAUUUCAAAUUUGAAAGGACAAGACUUUACCGACACCAAGGCUGUAGAAAAUGUGGCCGACGAAAGUGUUUUAAGUGGGUCAAAUAGCCAGCUUCUUUCGGAAACACAAGCUAUUGACAAAAAAUUACCGCCAGUCGCUACUCCUAUUCCUGAACCAGCUGCUACUGCAGUUGUGGAACUUGAUGUAGACGACGACAAUCCACCGAAGUUGGAAGAGCUCGACACGGAGAUUUUAAUGAACAUGUUUGGGUUUCUGGAUGCACUCGAUAUCCUUAACAUGGCCCAGACCAACAUUACUAUGUACAGUCGUGUUGACUCUCUCUUCGGACUGGGUGGAAGUGGUGCGGAAGCUGCAGAUGAUUCUUCGACUAUUGCCAGCACCGAAAUCACUCCUACUCUCAAGACAACUACAGUUGGAUCCUCUGAUAAAGGAAUGCACUCGUCAGCUACAAUGGCCGUAAUCCCCCCAAUUGACACCGGUAGUAUUGGCUCGGCUGGGCCCACAGCUCGCCUUUCUACCACAACUGACACCACGUCGUCGGCACCGAUCAACUAUAGCGCCCCGUCACGUCCCAGCUUGUUUGGACUCUUUAAUCAAGCCGCGCAGCGUAGUAUCGCCAAUGCGACUGCUGGCAGUGUUAGUGCAAGCAACAGCGCCCCAUCGCCCUCUCGUACCACUUCCUUGCACCGUCGCAACUCAUCCGCCACUGAUGCCGCUCCCAUGAAUGCAGCCAUGGCCAAUUCCAUGGCGUCGAAACUUACCGACGCUGAAUUGAACGCCAUUAUUCUCAUGACGGAACGACUCAGACAAAAAGAGCUACUGGCGAAACAGCUCACGGACGAAAAGGAAAAGUUAGCAGCACAACUGGAUGGCACGGAAAGCGUCAAGCAGUUUCUCGUUGCCAAAAUACGCGAUAUGGAAACGGCAAUCAGCGCUACUGUAGAAAAUGAGACCAAAGUGGCACAGCAAAUUGCCAGCGAUCAGGAAGUCAUUGCAUUUCUUGAUGGGCGAGUUCAAGACUUGGAAAGGGAAAAUACUGUUCUAUUGAAGGAGAAGGCAGCUACUUUUGAGCAACUGCAAAAAGCUCAACAGAAUAGUACUGAGAAGGCUGCCGUCAUGGGUGAUAUGCUUCAGUUUGAGCGAGAAAAACUGUUCGAAAAUGAACGAGAAUGGAAGGCUACGAAGAAGUUGCUUGUCAAGGAGGUAAAGAGUUGUCGCAAUCAAAUUGCUGCCUUGCAAGCCGAAUGUGAUGGUGUUCGAGAACAAAACGAGAUUCUGCGUAAGACAGUCCUUUCGGCGUCACAAUCAAGCCCGACAAUGGCUAAGGAUCGCGUCUACACGUGAAAAAUAUAAAAUAGAUGGCGAUCGCUGACACUUCCGAGCUCGUGAUUGUUCCAACAAUCAGUUAUUUUGUUGACUCUAAACGCUCUCUAUCUACAGUAAAUUGCAGCUCGACUUACGUUGUUGAUGAUCGUUUUAUACAGAUGUCCACUUGAAUGUUUAGCUAUUUCAUGGCGUAUAAA